GAUUCUUCAUUAACUGUCGUGUAGUCUAGUCGGUGACGAAUUGGCCAUAAGUAAUUUGUACGUGUUAUAAGUGAUUAAAAAAUAUGCCACCGAAGAAAAAACAAAAAAAGGAGAACGGUUUUAUGGUAUUUAUGAAAUCUAUGAAACCACAGCUAGAAGCAAAAGGCCAUAGAUUUCCUAGAGGCUUAACUGAUGUUAUUCCUAUUUGCUCUCCACUAUGGAAUGAACUUUCAAGUGAAGAGAAGGCAAAGUAUCAUCAAAAAGCCAAAGAUGGUGUUGGUUUUGUCAAAGAAGAAAGAUGUGAUACCCGUGGAGUUCCGUUAAAUUUGAAGGCAAAAGAAGAACAAAAGAAAGUAUCUGAGAAAGAUGAACUAUUGCAACGAGUUGAAGAUAUGGUUUCCUACUUAGCUACUCAAGGAACUCUCGAGAAUCACUAUUUUUACUUGGUCCAUUUCAACAUUGCUGUUGCUACUACUGAAGGUGAAUAUCCACCUUGCGAAAUUGCCAUAGUCAAGUUUUCUUUGCUUGAUGGCAUAGCCAGAUAUUAUCAUGAAUUUAUUGAACCUGGCCAAAUCCGACUUGGAUAUGCCCAUGAAGCAAAAUUACAUUCAGAAUCCACUCAUCAGAUUCCAACAAAUGGGUUUAAAUUGGCAAAUGCAAACUAUCUUGCGAUUACAGACAAUAUUAAAAAAAUGCUCUUACAAUCCGAUGGUGGUAUUGCUCCUUUAUUUGUGGUAGAUGAAGACAAGAUAAAAGCAGUUUAUAUCCUUGAUUGGUUUGUCAAAAAAUGCUGUCAGAUGAAUGAAACAUACGAUACCGUCAACCCUUUCAAGUGCUACAGCUUAAAUAAGCUAUUUUACGAGUUGCGUCGCCAUGCCGACCUGAACAACCCUUCUCUAAGGUUUGCCAGUCCAGCACUAGUCGCUGAUCACUUUGGCAAAGGAAUGUUUUACUAUUCGAAGAAUAUGGCUUGUCAAUGGCACGUGGACGAAGACAAUGUAACGUUUUGUUCUCUGACACGCGUGAAAAAUUAUGCCUACACGAUUUCGGACUUGUGUUGCGAAUACUACGAUUUGUCCCUACUACCGAAUCGCCACUGUCCUGCUGAUGUUGCUGAUGAUAAUCGCUACGUUGUUCUCCCUAAGGUGGCUAAAAAGGAAGAACCGGAGGUGUCAAAUACACCGGCAGUUGUAAAGAAAAGUGAUGACGAAGAAGAGUCUACUCCACGUCUACCGAAAGCUCCUGUUGCUGUGAAUCUCAAAGGUGUCGUCCCUGGCAUAGGACGGGGUAUAUUGAGUGGAUCAAUGUCAUCCAUUCAAUCUCCAGGCCCGUCACAAGCAACACCACCUCCUCCAGCAGGAAGGGGUCGUGGUCGCGGACUUCUUUUAAUUUCUGAUGAAUCUGAUUGAUUGCUCCGUUUGACGGCAAAGACGCGUAAUCAAACGACCUGCCGUGGAAACAACGUCAUCUGGUCUUUGAAUGCUUUUCCAUUAGCAAGACUGCGACAAGGGAAACUUUGCCACAAAACAGUCCACACACCCCAUUUUGUACCAAAUGUUUACUGAGACGCAACUGUUGCGGAUCGAUUCUUCUUAUCCGGCUCUAUCCCACCCGUUUUGCUAGCCAUUUAGCACUGGAAUGCCAAAAUGGAACUUCAAUCCAUAUAGAAAAGUUAUGAUUGUCGACUUACACGGUCCCAAAUGGAAAUUUUUGUCUCCCACAAAAUGUGGAAAAUCAAAGUGGUAGGUAUUUAAUGUGAAUCUUUGACCCUUUAUCCCGUUUGACUAUUUAGAUUUAAAAAAAAGUAAGAUGCAAUAUUUUUCAAAUUUCUUCUCAUAGUCCUCGUAUAUUGGUAAGUUAACGUGCAUUGCUUUUGUACAAAUUAAUCGUAAUAGAUGUUUGCAGAUUCAUUUGAAAAGUUUGAAAGUUCAUUGCGGCUCAUGAAAAA